AUGUACACCAUCAAGCCAAAUAGUCUAAUAGCGAAAGCAACAUUUGAAAAUGGUAUAAAGAAAACGAAUGUUGGGGCUGUUGGCGGCUAUUGCGCGUUGAGGUGGUUUAUAACUGCAACCUCAAAAUCACGUCAGCGUCACCGUACACUGGACUUUGAGAAUAAUGGAAGAGACCAUUUGCAAGUCUCUGGUAAUAGUAGUGAUAUCAGCAACAAGGUUUCUGGGCCGGAUUCUUGUAAUUUAGCUGAUAGAGACCGAAGAAACAAAAAUAAUCGCAAGUUUGCGCCUUCGUCCAUAAGGUAUUUGCAUAACGUUACUAAACCACGAUUCAGAUUCACUGUGGCGGAAGCAUAUUGUCCAAAAAAGCGAUACGAAUAUGACCAUCAGGAAAGAACACCAAGAGAUUCAAGGAAUGACAUUCUAGGCGGCAGACUUGGAAGGGCCCACACUGGCGAGGACUCUUUUUUUAUCAAGGAGUGGACUUCAGAUGGUCCCCUUAAAGGGUCGCUAGCAUUUGCAGUGGCUGAUGGAGUUGGGGGAUGGGCAGCGAUUGGAGUUAAUCCGUCUAAGUUCAGCCAUGGCUUGUGUGAAAGAAUGGCUAGUGAAUUCAAGCGGACCGAAGAUGCGCUCAGUUUGCAAGACCCAAACAGUGAGACAUACCACGAUGAUAGAACAACCACAGCUUCUCCUCAAAGUUUGCUUACUUCGGCAUACAAAAGCCUGAAGGAUGAAGGUGACAGCUAUGCUGGAGGGUCUACUGCUUGUGUCGGUGUAGCCUCGGCCUUUACAGGUAUGCUCAGCAUAGCAAACAUUGGUGAUUCUGGUUUCUUUAUAUUUAGACAGCGACGGGUAUACAGGCGGUCAACCCCACAGACACACCAGUUCAAUACUCCUUUCCAACUUUCAAUAGUUCCAAAAUCAAUGGCAAAACGUCGUGGGAGAAGUCCAAUAUCGGAUGACCCUCAAGAUGCAGACCUUUCUCAACAUCAGUUGAAGCACGGAGAUGUGGUGGUUUUGGCGACUGAUGGCCUUACUGAUAAUGUAUUUGCACAAGAGAUCCUGAAAGUAGUGACUAAUGGUAUGUGGCACUCUCGGAGUUGGAUUCAUGAAGACGAAGCUGCCAUUGAUGAUUUGGAGCCUGUGGAUUUACAGGCGGGUGCACAGGAAAUAGCCCAGAACCUUGUUCGGGCAGGUAUUAAUGCCUCACUAGAUCCAAAUAGUGAAUCUCCUUUCACAUUGCGUCUACGGCAAGAAAUGGGCUUUGUGGCGCCUGGUGGUAAGCCAGACGAUAUCACGGUGCUUGUAAUGCUCGUAGAAGAGUUAAAUCAUGACGGAGAUGGGUUGUAA